AUGUCGCACCGCCCGCAGUUCUACCCCAACACGCUUGAAUUGCCCCAAAUUAAUGAACCAACACUUCGCCAAGCGCUCACCGACCUUAGCACGGCAGUCCACAAUGGCGUCAAAAUCAUCGAAAGGGGAGAUCCUGCUCGUGGACAGUACGAUGGGAGAGGCAUAUUCACAGGGGAACUAGGCAUCGUCUUAACAUAUCUCCGCCUCGCCCAACAAGCGCGAUCGCUUGAAGAAAGCGGACAGUCCAUCCCAAACUUCUACGCUCUAUCUGCCGCCCGAAUCCCAGAGGAUGGCCCCGAUCUCCCACUCCGGAUCGGCGGUCUCUCGCCUCUACCGUCGAAAUCGCCAAUCGCUGCGGUUGCCGUGAGGAUCCUGCAUAGAUCUGCCACGGAUAUCGCGGGGACCAUCUCCGACGCUGAUAUCGCAUGUCUUGGUGACGCUGUUAAACUCGCCCUCAGCCAUGGCGCGACCGGCUUCUACCACGGGCAUGACCUGGGUGCUGAUGAAGUGCUGUUUGGUCGGACUGGGCUGCUUUGGGUACUCUUGAAUCUUAGAGCCAAGGCCGACACUUUUCCUCCUGCGCAGCGAGACCUGUUACGUCCUGUAUUGGGCGACAUUCCUGAUCUUCUGCGCCGCAUCGUUGACGCCGGUAAAGAGGGUUCAGCUCAUUAUGUCAAGAAGCAUGGGGAGAAAGAUGCCCUUCCAUUGAUGUGGACCUGGAUGCCGGGGCAUUAUGGAAUUGGCUGGGCACAUGGAUUGACCGGGAUCAUCCCCGUCCUCCUCGCCACCCGCACAGAGGAGGUAGCGCCCUACCUCACCGAAAUAGGAUCUACAAUCACAGGCCUCUGCAAGCUCUGCAUCACACACAACGGCCACCUCCCAACAGCAAUCCCCCAGCGCCACUCAACCGCCGGUCGUGAGAGCCCCCUCGUACAGAUCUGCCACGGCGCCCCCGCAAUCCUCGGCCUCCUCGGCUCGUCUAUGAAAAACACCGAUCUACUCCUAAACAACUGGACACCGGACUGGGAAACCGCCGCGCGCCUAGCCACCGAGCGCGUCUGGGACGAGGGACUCCUCUCAAAGGGCGGCGGUCUCUGCCACGGCAUUACCGGAAAUGCAUGGCCAUUGCUGAUGCUACAUGAUGUUUUCGAGUAUAACCGUGAACCAUUAAGCAGGGCGCGUGAGAAUUACCUCGCACGACAAGGAAAACAGCAAAAUGAGAUUCCCGAGAUACUAAGUAGCGAUUUCUUCCUCGCUAGAGCGCUCGCGAUGAUUCUGCACGCGCGCGAAACGCAACCGUAUAACCACGAGAAGUCGCCAAAGACCGCGUCGAAUGAUUAUCGCUUGCCGGACCACCCGUACUCCCUCUUCGAAGGAUUAGCGGGGGUGCUAUGCGCAUGGGCUGAAACGGUCCCUGUGCUUCGGGCCCGGCUGCGCAAGAUGGAAGUUGGUCAGGAGGGACUCGCCCAAGAUGAGGCGUUUAAGAAAUACACCACUCAGCAACUUGGGUUCCCGUGUCUUGGUGGGAAUGGAGCGGUUGGGGUGCUUUAA